AAACCAGGCUUAUCAAUCUGCAUUGCAGCUCCAAAAAUGGCCACUCCUUCAUUACUAAUCCCCCUUUUCUCACUAUUCCUUCUUAUAUAUCCAUUUUCUUUUGCCCAGCAGCCUCCUAACCCGAAAGCUUUCGUCUUUCCUGUCCGGAAAGAUGACGGUGCGACGAACCAGUACUACACGACCGUUACAAUCGGGUCGAACGCCACCACAUUCAGCGCCGUAAUCGACCUCGGCGGCAAAAUGAUGUACUUCAACUCCCUCGACUAUUUCAACGCGGCCUCGACGUACCGUCCCAUACUCUGCGGCACUCGCCAAUGCCGCAUCGCCAACGGCGUCGGCUGCAUUUUCUGCUUCUUGUCGCCGCCUGUCCCCGGCUGCACCAACAACACGUGCUCCGACUACGCCCUCAACCCCUUCACCGGCACUCAGGGCUACGCCGGCCUCGGACAGGACACGCUGCAUGUGUACUCGACGCGCGGCGAUCGAUACCGCGUCGACGGCUUCCCAUUCCAAUUUUCCGACCCCGUCCUCCGGGAAGGCCUGGCGGCUCCGACCGCCGGCCUGAUCGGGCUCGGCCGGACGAAAAUCGCGCUGCAGGCCCAGCUCGCCUCGGCUUUUAAAAUCCGCGAGAAGAUCGCGCUCUGCAUGCCGUCGUCGGGCAGCGUCGGGAGCAUGAUCAUCGGCGAGACCGACUACGCCAUGCCGUUUCGGGCGAUUGCGAGUUCGCUCUACACCACUCCUUUAGUGAAGAACCCGGUUAGCACCGAUAUGAACGAGGUGAUCGGGAAUCUGACGGUCGAGUAUUUUAUCGGUGUCAAAUCGAUCAAAGUCGGAAACAGGGCGCUCAAUCUGAACAAGACUCUGCUUUCGAUAAACAGGGAGACGGGCGCCGGCGGGACGGGAAUCCGGACGGUGAGGGCUUAUACGAGGCUGCAUCGAUCGAUUUACGACGCUCUGAUCAGAGAGUUUGUGAAUUCUGCGACGGCGAAGAAUAUCAGAAGAGUGGCGUCGGUUGCGCCAUUCGGAGCUUGCUUUGACUCUAGCUCGAUCGGAAGCUCUGCGACAGGACUCAAUGUGCCGGAAAUCGAUUUUGUUCUGCAGAAUGACGUCUACUGGAGGUUUUAUGGGGCAAACUCUAUGGUUAGAGUGAGUGAUGGUGUAAUGUGCCUGGCUUUCGUCGACGGAACACCGAAUCUGACGGGUCCGACGACGUCGAUCGUUGUCGGAGGCUAUCAGAUGGAGAAUCAUCUGUUGGAGUUUGACGUCGCAUCUUCGAAGCUCCGGUUUAGCUCGUCACUGCUACUCCGCGGCACGAGCUGUUCUCAGUUCAGAGCCGCCUGAACUGAACUGAGGAUAUAAUAUAUGAUAUGAUAUGAUACGAUACAAUUAAGUUUGUUUGUUGUAACAUUGGAUGUGCAAGAAUAAAGGGACUAGUGUUUUGUUGUGCUAAUAAAAGGAUUGAACUAAUGUAUUCAAGAGUUUCAUUU